CCACGGGGCAAGUGUUUGUUCAAGUGACGAAUUAGUUUCGUGUCUGUUUUCAAGUGACCUGGAUGCUAUUUUCCAAUCUUCCAUAGGCGGCGAACAAUAGCGACGUAACGGACGUGGUUUUUCGCGAUAUUUAAAUCGAUAGUCGGGUUUCAAAUGUCGCGAUUCAUUUGCCACCAAAGUCGUCAUCGUCGCCGAGCUGCUGUUUCUGCGAUUGUGUGCCGUUGAUGUCUCUUUUUUGUUCGGAAUUUAGUGCUACGUUAACGUUGAUGACCUGCAAACGAGAGUGAGAGCUCGCGUAUAUGGAGCCCAAAGCGAAAUCGUCUAUGCUGAGACUGGUUACACCUGACGACGUAUGCUGUAGGAUAAUCUCGAAAUUCUUCCAACUGUGUCAUCGCCCCGCGGAAUAAUUCCGAAAGGCAAUCAAUCAAGUUCUAUACAGAAAAGCAUGUAAAUAGAAGUACCUGCUGGGUGUUUAUUUCCUAAGUGGGAAAUAUAUUCUAACAAAUCAUUUUAAAUUCACGAAAUCGUGCUACGAUCGACCCGAGCAAAGAAGCACCGCACAUAUGUGAACCCCAUAGCCCUGGUUUGUGACGAAAGAAAAAUAAUAAAUCAUCAUCGCCAUAAAAAAAAGAAGCAACAUCAUCACCUCCCAUAAGAAAAGGAAACACGCAAUCCAAAAUCAACGCCGCCGUGAAGAAGUCCAACAUCAUCUCAAAACAGUCGCGGUCGGAGCCGUGUCAUGCAAAGUUGACGACACUCGGCAACAAGUGGUGCUCGCCAUAUAGUGCUGUUGCGUCCUAGCUGUCGCGCGUAUAGUGGUGAAGUGAAAUUUCCAAGUUUGCUAAAAAUAAAUAUUCAAAGCCAUCGAAGAGGUUGAAACAGUGAAUUCGAUUGUGCCUUAAUUGGUGGGGCUCCCGCGACACCGGCGCAGAAGGUCUUUGAAAGUGAAAGAAAUAAGCACGCGUGUGUCCGAUCGAAGGGGGGAGCAUGGUAACAACGCCGUCGAAGAAGUGGCACCGGCUGGGGAUGUGAUCAAUGGUGAUGUUGAUAGAUGUGAAGGGUGCAAAGUGUUGAGUGCAAUUACUUACUCAUUUAAGCCCGGGGGUGAUAAAGUUCCGCAGUGAUCGAUGAAAUAACAACAUAAUUAGGGGAACACCAGAAGCGCAGCAGUUACGUCAAAAUGACCAUUUCAUAUUCAGCAGAAGUGCCGAAUGGCAGUAAUUUUGGAUGUUUCUGGCGUAUUCUGUGGAAAUGGCGUGGCAGUGUAUACAAAGCUAUUUGGCGGGAAUUACUAGCAUAUCUGUGUGUUUAUUACACAUUAAAUUUAACCUACAGAUACGGUCUAUCUGAAGAAGGUAGAAGAGUAUUCGAAAGGAUACGAAACUACUGCGGGCAGCAGCGUGAAAAUGUGCCCCUCUCGUUCGUGCUGGGCUUCUACGUGAGUCUGGUGGUGAAAAGGUGGUGGGAGCAGUACCGAUUACUGCCCUGGCCCGACACGCUUGCCCUCUUCGUCAGCGCUGCUAUCCAAGGCCAUGUAAGUGACAGAGACGAACACAAAUCUUAUCGGGAAGACGGCAAUUUUUCGCACACACCAAAAGAUGAAUCUGGCCGACUGAUGCGACGAAACAUCAUGCGAUACAUGGUGCUCGCCUACGUUAUCACCCUGCAGAAGAUCUCCCUACGAGUGAAACGACGCUUUCCAACGUGGCAACACCUGGUGGACGCCGGUUUAAUGUUGGAAAGCGAGCGAAAAAUAUUCGAAAACAUGGACGCUAAAAGUCCUAUGUCCAAGUACUGGAUGCCCCUGGUAUGGGCAACCAACAUCAUCAACCGUGCCCGGAAAGAUCAGAUGAUCCCGUCCGAUCACAUUGUGCAGACUCUACUGAUGGAGCUGUCGGACAUCCGACGACGGUUAGGCGGUCUCAUCGGUUACGACACGGUCUGUGUACCGUUGGUUUAUACACAGGUAGUCACGCUGGUGCUGUAUUCCUAUUUUACGGCGGCCAUCAUGGGCAGUCAGAUGAUCCCUACGUUUGACCCCAAAACCAACACCUACAUGGAGCUGGAUGUGUACUUCCCAUUGUUCACGGCACUACAGUUCGUAUUCUACGUAGGUUGGUUGAAGGUUGCCGAAGUCCUUAUCAAUCCCUUCGGCGAAGACGAUGACGAUAUCGAACUGAACUGGUUGAUCGACAGACACAUCAAGGCCUCGUACAUGAUCGUCGACGAGAUGCACGAUGAACACCCAGAGCUACUCAAAGAUCAAUACUGGGAGGAAGUGGUGCCUAAAGAUUUGCCAUACACGGUGGCAUCCGAACAUUACCGGCGUGAAGAACCGAAGGGAUCGGCGGAACAUUACGUCGUCAAAGAGUCUGAAGCAGUCUAUGCUAACAUUGGUGGGGGAAAGCGCCCCAUGAACGACGAAGUCUACGCAGAUUAUGAAAGCGUAGACACUCCGAUGGCUGAACGGCGCAAAGGCUGGUUUGGCCGACAAAUGAACAGAAUCUCGAUGCGCAGUGCAUCGACGGCCUACUCGUCCGGUGGCCUGUUCAAUCGAAACCGAAAUAAUUCGGUGUAUUCUAGUCCAGAAGCAGGGAUCACGCAACCAAUUACGGUUGGUGCCCCAAUGCAGAAAAUAAGUUUCUACGAAAAAUUCGUUAACCGAAAAUCCGGUCGCAAUCCGCGACAGAUAGUCAAACAAAAUUCAAAGCUCAGCCUUAACGGCUCCGUGAUUUCAAAUGUGCCAAUGAAGGCUCGGCCUCGCAUUCCUACUCCAGAUGUUUCCAAGGACAGCAAGGCGCAUCCACUUGCGAGUUUUGCUACUCAGCAGGAUCGGACAUCCAACAUUGCAUCUGGGGUGGCGCAAAUUACGGCGCAGCUGGCCAAUAAUCCGUCCAUCUACCCAUCGUCCGCAACGUUGCUGAACAACAGUGAUCUGCCGGUGGUCGGUACUCUGCUGCUUGCUCCAAUCAAGGAGCUUGAUUCACACUCGGUCACCAAUACUCUGCAUGCCGGCCAAUCAGCGACGGCGGCACUGGCGAAGUCGAUUCUACCUUCCAAUUUGAAAAAUGCCGUGUCCACCUUCGCCAAGGACGGAAACAAUCUGGAGAUGACACUAAACAACAACUCCACACUGGGCAAAGGCGGAUCCAUCGGUGCCAAUACGGUCCUAGUCCUUCCAACGACCAACACCAAUACUACCGGUUCGGUUGACAGUACCGACAGCGGCGGGUCAGCAAUCGUUCCGUCCACAGCCGUUCCCUCGGACACAAUCCCACUCUCGAUUACCUCACUACCGAUUACCUUUACCGUGACGCCGGUGACCAGCACGGCGGCAAACACCACUACCGGAACCUUCAUUACCGAAUUGCCAUGCGACGACGGGGCCGAGGUCAGCACCGUGACGCUCAGCAAUGAGAAAAAAUCGUCGGCAUCCGAGCCGUCGUCGUCCGCCGCAUCGACGCUUAGCAAACGGAAACCUAAACAUAGUGAGGUCUAUGUGUGAGGCCAAUGUAUUUAGUCUGUUUUAGUGAUGUCUUAGGAAUUUAUUGAAGAUUAUGUUUGAGGUUACAAACGGCUCUGUCACUACGUGUUUCUAAUCCCGUCAUAAGGUUUUUCUGUAUUUCCGUGGAACCCAAUCUCAUGUUUUGUUAUACAAAAAAUGAUAGAGUCCAAUAUGGACCAACACCCUUAAAGACCCUUAGUCGGGAAUGGCAAUAUGUGCAGUAAAGAUAACACCUCUUGUUUGAGCCACAGAGAACAUCCAAAAAUAUUAACAUAGCAGUGCUUCCAAAAUUAAACCAUCAUUAUACAUAAAACUCCUGACUAUAAACAUACACGCUAUGCGAUUCUUAUAUGCCAGCUUGUCAACGAGUUAAAGUGAACGAUGAUUGGUAUAUACUGAUAUAGCAAGUUUUCAGUUGCGUUUCGCCUAUUGGAUCAUUGCGUGUUGUGCAUUCGGACAGAUUGCAUUUUUAUAAAUAUGUACGACAAAACACGGCUUUCAUGCUUGUAAGCUGCAGCGUUAGGUCGCUGAGCACAGUUGAUCAAGCGUCUACCAACAAAACUGAUGAUUAUGGUUUUAAACGAUUGUUUAAGUUUUAUAAACAAAAUAGCAUUUCAUGUUACUUAGAGCAUUGCUUAGGGUUUUAAAAUUGUGUAAAUAGAACAAUAUGUUUUAAUUAUAGGCUAGUGAGAGUCAAGUCGAAUGCAAUUCAAUUCCUGUGCAGAUAAGUACGAGUGAGAUGAUACAAUAAACCGGACGAUCAUGUUUUAUUCAAUUACA